AUGUCCGUCCGCGUGCGCCUGCAACAUUCUUCACCCAGAGUGGACGUCGGCAUCCGCACGCAGCCGCCCCAGCAUUCCUCGGCAGCCCCCGCCCGCAUCCGCCCCGGACCCUGCCUCGCCCUGGACCCUGCCUCGCCUGGACUGACCCUGCCUCGCCCGGACUCGCCCUGGACCCUCGCCCUGGACCUGGACCCUGGACCUGCCUCCUCGCCCUGGACCCUGCCUGCCUCCCUCCUGCCUCGCCCCGGACCCUGCCUCGCCCUGGACCCUGCCUCGCCCCGGACCCUGCCUCGCCCCGGACCCUGCCUCGCCCCGGACCUGCUCGCCCCUCUGCCUCGCCCCGGACCCUGCCUCGCCCCCGGCCUGCCUCGCCCGGACCCUGCCUCGCCCUGGACCCUGCCUCGCCCCCCUGCCCCCGGACCCUGCCUCGCCCUGGACCCUGCCGUCGCCCUGGACCCUGCCUGCCCCGGACCCUGCCUCCUGGACCCUGCCUCGCCCCGGACCCUGCUCGCCCCGGACCUGCCUCGCCCUGGACCCUGCCUCGCCCUGGACCCCUCGCCCCGACCUCUGCCUCGCCCUGGACCUGCCUCGCCCCCCGCCUGGACCCUGCUCGCCCCGGACCCCUGCCCUCGCCCCGGACCCUGCCUCGCCCUGGACCCUGCCUCGCCCUGGACCCGCCUGCCCUGGACCCUGCCUCGCCCGGACCCGCCUGCCCCUGCCCUGGACCCUGCCUCGGCCUGGACCUGCCUCGCCCGGACCCUGCCUCGCCCCCUGCUCGCCCUGGACCCUGCCUCGCCCUGGACCCUGCCCUCGCCUGGACCCUGCCUCGCCCUGGACCUGCCUCGCCCUGGGACCCUGCUCGACCCUGCCUGGACCCUGCCUCGCCCCGGACCCUGCCUCGCCCUGGACCCUGCCUCCCUGCCCUCCCCUGGACCUGCCUGA